AUGAACCAUGAGGGUGCAAAAGAGGAUAAAGGUGAAGCAAUCCUGCAGGCCUCAUUGUUGGGAGACCCCAAGUCUUCCUCCCAGGGCUGUGAUGAGUGGAACAUCCUGGAGACUCUUGGCGAUCUGAUUGAUGAUGACGAACUAUUCUUUUCUCUGUGUGAAACUUAUCCUCAGGAAGCUGGGAAUGAAGACAAGGAAGCACAGCGCAUGGUGCCCAGGGAUCUUCCAAAGCCUGAGGAUGAAAAUAAUGUGCUGAAGGACAAAAUGAACAACAACUUGACAGAUGUUUCCCAAUGCCAGGCAUGGUGUGAUUCCUACCAGCCUGGGAAGAGUUGGACAUCUAUGACAGAAGGGGAUGUAGCCCCCUACAUUCUGAAUGUGGCAAAUAAUCUGUGCAGUGUGGACGAGUAUGAUGAAAUCACCCUGGAUCCCAGCAAAUAUUUUGCUAUAAUUCACCAUCAUGCCAAGAAGCUGACCCAGUUACGAAAAAUGCUACGAGAAGGCAGAAAUGCCUCUUUGUCCCUUGGGCAGCAUCUGGAGUUUCUACUGACCCAAGAUAUCCCUGAAAUCUACCGGGCUCAAGGCCACAUAGAACAUCUGACUGUGGGGUGCAAGAUGGCUGAGGAGUUUGUCCUGAAGCUCAGUGCAG